AGGCGACCCACACAGGCUUCAACAUUGGACAUUGCAUUGCCGUUAGGCUACUUUUUGAUCCUCUCUCAACAACGAAGACAUCAUUCAUUACUGCGGGCCUUCGACGCGACCGUUCCACAUACACACAUUUUUUUUAAGUUCCCGGAGCGCGUUCCACUCUUGACGAAUCGAAUGCUAUCACCAGUGGACAAAUGUUACCUUCCGCAGUAUGAUCUGUAGUUUCUAAAUUAAUUCAAAGUUCCAAGCGUAGCAGCCAUGGCUGCCGACGAAGACGAGAGAAAAUCUUCCUCCUCAGAGCUAUCCGACAUCGAGAGCACGAACAUUAGUAGCGAUGGCGACAGCGACGCUGGGGAGCCGCAACAGGUGGAAUGGCUCGUCACGUCGCGAGCGAAGCGGUCGACGGCCGGGAAUCGGUUGAAGGCGAUGCUUGCGAACGAGGAGCCUGCCGCCGAAGACUCGGACCUCGAACUGCUCUUUGCCGAGGAUGAAGACGAUGCCGGGUUCACCGACGAUGCGCCGGAGGACGCGUCCGAUGUGCUGAUGGAUUCGUCUUCGGACGAUGAGGACAAGGAGGACAAUGGCGAUGAGCUGGAAGGCGAGAAAGAGCUGGAGCGCCAGGCGCGGGCGAAGCGCGCGGCCGAGCGCAAGCGGAAAGCCCAGGACGCCAUACCCGCCAGGUUCAGGAAGAAGGUCCGCAUCGAACAGCCCGCCCCCCGCCCGCCCCGGCCAAAGAAGAAAUCCGAGAGGUUGAGCUGGCUUCCGUCGCCGGCGGACAUGCCAACGCGUGCAUCAGAGCGCCGGACGACCAAGAUGAGCAAGCAGCAGCUGCACGAAAAGAUGAUUUCCGAUGAGCUCAGGAGGAAGAAGCAGCUGGAGCGGAUGGAGAGGAAGGCCAAGCAGCUGGAAGCGAUGAAGAAGCCCCCGAUGACCCAGGCGGAGCGCCUUGCCGAAGCCGCCAUCGUCGAGAAGCGCAACUCCAAGAGCCUGAACCGAUGGGAGGAAGCCGAGAAGCAGAGGGAAGAGGAGCGCCUAAGGAAGAUUGCAGCCUUGCACAGCCGCAAGCUUGACGGGCCCGUAAUUACCUUCUGGAGCGGCAUCCAGGAGCUGCAAGAGGGGCAGGACAAGCAUGUCGGAAACCUGGUCUCGAUGGAGGAGAAGGCGCCGCGCAAGAAGAGGCAGUCGGCAGCGGCGGUGGCACUGGCGGCGAAGGAGGCCGAGGCGUCGACGCCUGCCACGCCAACCGAGAAACCAGGCGAAAAGACGCUCGAAACACCGAACCUCAAGACAGAACAAACAGAUAGUCCAGCUCCAGCAGUCGCGCAGCCCGCGCCUCCAGUGGCAUCUCCUGCUGCCUCGGCUCAAGAAGCUCCGGCAAUAGCGGCGCUGGCGCCAAUAUCGGCCCCAACAUCGACUCCAAUAUCGAAACCAGCGCCAACUCCGCCACAACCAGCACCAGCUCCGCCACCGGCGGUAUCGCCUCCAGCGUCAGCUUUAGUUCCUCCUCAGGUGCCUGCUACGACACCGGCUUCCGCUCCAGUCCAGACUCCCGCUCCGGUCCACGCCCCUGCAACGGGUCCAGUCCGAGCUCCUACUAUAGCCCAGACUCCCGCUCCAGCUCCGGCCCCGGUUCCAGCUCCGCCCCCGGUUUCAGCUCCUACUACGGGUCCAGUCCAGCCUCCGGCUCCCGCUCCAGUCUCAACACCAAUGGCGCCUCCUCCCAUCCCACCACCUCCACCAGACACGAGAACUGGCAACUCAGGCGUCCUCGUCGCACCCGUCCUCGCCCCACCCCCAGGCAUUUCGCCCUCUAUGGGCGGGCAGAUGCCUAUGUUGGGUCUCCCUCCUGGAGUUAAACCCUUUCUCGCUGCUCCCAAUACAACGCCCUCUCCUUCACCCCUCUCAAUGCCGCCACCGGCACCAGCUGCCGCCCCUGGCCCCCAGCCUACCGACCCGCCGGCGGCAUCUACACCGAAGCCAAAGGUCUCUGUCCCACCUCCUCCGGUGCCUCCGACUCCUGCACCUACCACUCCAUCACAGACUCCGCAGACGCAGCUGAAGUCACCAUCCACAAAACCCCCAGACACGCCGCAGGAACCCCCUGCUGCUGCCUCGGACCCGCCCCGCGAAGGCAAGGUGACGCGCAGCUGCAUCAUCCUGCAAAAUUUCGACGAGCAGGCCAUCAAAGAUAAGCAGGUCCAGACGCAGAUCCUGUUUGGGAGGAAGAUGAAUAAGCUGGCCAAGCCCGCCCAUCCUCCCCUUUGCGUCAUCACCAACCAACCGGCCAAGUACAGGGACCCGAAGACGGGCCUGCCGUACUACAAUAGCUACGCCUACCGCGAGAUCCAGCGUGUGUACCGCGGCGACUAUAAGUGGAGUCGUCUCCUUGGCGCCUGGGUCGGCAGAGGCGACUAUGCCGCCCGCGGGGUACCCGAGUGGUUUCUGGAUCCGUCCAAGGCGAAGCCGGCGGAGCCCACCGAGCCGUCUGAGCAGGCUACUAAGCCAGCCGCCGGGCCAACUGCGGAGCCUGUCUUGGCCCCGGUAGACGGGGCGGUCGAGUUAAAGACGGAGGAAAAGGAGGGCAGACCUCAAGAUAACCCUCAGAAUGAAGCCCGGCUAGAGCCGGUUGACGGAGUAAAGGAACCGGGCGAUGGAGCGAAAGGGACGGAAACGGCUGCGCCGUCUGUCCCUCAGCCUGCCGGCGCAUAACUGCCUCUCUCUGCACGCCUGGGGCGUGAAUGAAGCUAAUGAACCUCCAAGAACAACCUAGAUCUCAACUGGGUCCUUGAUGUUGUACUCGAUUGAUUGUACCUGUUUAAUACAACCAUUCCCCUGGUGGUAUCAUGA